GUCGAGUACAUUGCGGAGCUUCGGAGCGCUGGUGGCGCGGAGACCCGGAGUCAGCCGCGGUGCGACGUUACCAUGAUUUUCUCCGUCCUGCCGAAACAUACCUAUCUUGACUUUUCCACCUGCAAGAUCAGACAUCCUGACCAACACUGUCCAAACGCAGAAUGCCAGGGGGAAAGAGAGGGCUGGUCGCACCUCAGAACACUUUUUUGGAAAAUAUUGUCAGGCGCUCAAGUGAAACCAGCUUCCUCCUGGGGAACGCCCAGAUUGUGGGGUGGCCUAUAGUCUACAGCAAUGACAGUUUCUGCAAGCUGUCAGGGUACCACCGGGCGGAAGUCAUGCAGAAGAGCAGCACGUGCAGUUUUAUGUACGGAGAGCUGACCGACAGGAAGACGAUAGAUAAUGUCCGCGACACCUUUGAAAAUUAUGAGACCAACUGCUUCGAGAUCCUGCUAUACAGGGCCAACAGGAAUCCUGUCUGGUUCUACAUGCAGAUCGCACCCAUCAGGAACGAGUACGACAGGGUGGUUUUGUUCCUGUGCACGUUCAAAGACAUCACGCUCUUUAAGCAUCCCAUUGAGGAUGAGACCACCAAGGGAUGGACCAAGUUUGCACGACUGACGCGGGCCCUGACCAAUAGCCGCAGCGCCAUGCAGCAGCUGACGCCCAUGAACAAGGCUGAGGUCAGCCACAAGCACUCACGGCUGGCUGAGGUUCUCCAGCUGGGUUCUGACAUCCUCCCCCAGUAUAAACAAGAGGCACCCAAGACGCCCCCCCACAUCAUUCUGCACUACUGCCUCUUCAAGGCCACCUGGGACUGGGUCAUCCUCAUCCUCACCUUCUACACAGCCAUCAUGGUGCCCUAUAACGUGUCCUUCAAGACGAAGCAGAACAACAUCACCUGGUUGGUUCUGGACAGCAUAGUAGACGUCAUCUUCCUAGCGGACAUCAUGCUGAAUUUCCACACCACCUUUGUGGGUCCUGGAGGCGAGAUCAUCUCGGACCCCAAGCUCAUCCGCAUGAACUACCUAAAGACCUGGUUUGUCAUCGACCUGCUGUCCUGCCUGCCUUACGACAUCAUUAACGCCUUUGAGAACGUGGAUGAGGGUAUGAGCAGCCUGUUCAGCUCCCUGAAGGUGGUCCGGUUGCUCCGGCUGGGCCGAGUGGCCCGCAAGUUGGACCACUACAUGGAGUACGGAGCGGCAGUGCUGGUGCUGCUGGUGUGCGUGUUUGGCCUGGUGGCCCACUGGCUGGCCUGCAUCUGGUACAGCAUCGGCGACUACGAGGUCAUCGACGAAGACACCAACGCCAUCAAGCAGGACAGCUGGCUGUACCAGUUGGCCCUCAGCAUCGGCUCACCCUACCGCUACAACUCCAGCGGCUCGGGCAGGUGGGAGGGCGGCCCCAGCAAGGACUCCCUCUACAUCACCUCGCUCUACUUCGCCAUGACCAGCCUCACCACCAUCGGCUUCGGCAACAUCGCGCCCACCACCGACGGCGAGAAGAUCUUCUCCGUGGUCAUGAUGAUGAUUGGCUCCCUCCUGUAUGCCACCAUCUUCGGUAACGUGACCACCAUCUUCCAGCAAAUGUACGCCCACACCAACCGUUACCAUGAGGUGCUCAACAACGCACGUGACUUCCUCAAACUCUACCAGGUGCCCAAGGGCUUGAGCGAGAGGGUCAUGGAUUAUAUCGUCUCCACCUGGGCCAUGACUAAGGGCAUCGACACUGAAAAGGUACUCACCACCUGCCCCAAAGACAUGCGAGCAGACAUCUGCGUCCACCUGAACCGCAAGGUGUUCAAUGAACACCCGGCCUUCCGCCUGGCCAGCGAUGGCUGCCUCCGCUCGCUGGCCGUGGAGUUCCAGACCGUCCACUGUGCCCCAGGCGACCUCUUCUUCCACGCUGGCGAGAGCGUGGACACACUGUGCUUUGUGGUGUCUGGCUCUUUGGAGGUCAUCCAGGACGAUGAGGUCAUCGCCAUUCUUGGCAAAGGGGACGUCUUCGGUGACUUGUUCUGGAAGGAGACCACCCUGGCACACGCCUGCGCCAACGUCCGGGCGCUGACCUACUGUGACCUGCAUGUCAUCCACCGGGAGGCGCUCUUGAAGGUGCUGGACUUCUACACCGCCUUCGCUCACUCCUUCUCCCGAAACCUGAUCCUCACCUGUAACCUGCGCAAAAGGAUAAUCUUCCGGAAGAUCAGUGAUGUGAAGAAAGAGGAGGAGGAGCGUCAACGGCAGAAGAACGAGGUGACCCUGACCAUCCCAGUGGAUCACCCUGUCCGGAAGGUCUUCCAGAAGUUCAAACAGCAAAAGGAGCUCCGGGCACAGGUGGGUGCAGUGCUGGAAGUGGAGAAGAACCAUCUGGACCAGCAUUUCCACCCACAUCGGGACCUGUACCCUAUGCAAGGCCACACCGGGGUGGUCACCGUGUCCCAGAUUACGCCCAUGCAGAACUCGCUGGCCUACAUCAGAGCCGGAGAGUUGGACAAGCAGAGCAACCGUGACAUCAUGGAGCUGAAACCUAGCCUUAGUCUCAAUGGAUCCGACUGCUUUGGGGCCCGGAGCCCCUCCUGCAGCAGGCUGGCUAGCAGCCGGGGCUGGAUGCGCCUUCGCAGUGCUACGGCAUCCCCUGAGGAGUCGACAGGGGGCUGGAACAGCACUGCCAGGGUCAGCCCUGUGGAGCUCCCCCUGCAGGACAGUCGGGGGAAGAGCCCCCUUCGCAGCACGGACUCCUGUGACGGCAGUAGCACCAGGACUGAGAAAUCUGGCGAGGUGCCGAGUUCCCUCCCAUCUGAGGACCACCAGCCCAGCCCGGCCAUCCCCGAGCAGGAACUGCACAGCACCCUGCACGAGGCCAGGCUAGAGCUGAAGGGCGACAUCCAGAUGCUGGCAGGCCGCUUGGCCACCCUGGAGUCCCAGGUAGCGGAGAUCCUAAGGCUACUAUCUGAGACGAGGCAGCCAGCCCAGCCCUCCAACCCCAGAACCAGGGACAGUCGGCAGGACAUCUUCACCGUGUCCCAGCCUGCCACACCCGACUCCGAUUGGGACAAUGGCCUCUUUUAGCGGCGACAUUAGCAAGAAUUCUUUUUCUCCCAUGGAUGAGAUGAACGAUUGUGAAGGACACAGGGAAAAAUGAGAACUGUGGCUUUUAUACAGAGAGAAAGAGAACAGUAAAUAUCAACAUGCAUGUCCAGCUGGUUUCUGGCCUGCAAAGAUACUAGUUAUUGCUUGUAUAUGAUGCAGUUGGCUGCAUGCAAAGGGAUUUUAAAGCAGAUCAGUUUUUGUUCUAUACUGUAUCUGUAUGAACAUGAUUAUUUUCCAGAGAUGUCUAUUUACCUUGAAGAAACCUCAGGGUUUGUGCAGGUUGCUUGAUAAGAUCCCCUGAUCACACCCAACUGGCUGCACAGCCAGCAUACACUUUCACACUUUUCCCAUCAACAAAGCUGUACUUGUACCCACAUUUUCAUGAUGGAACCAUACCAUGGCGACGCGCUGCGAGUCACUCUCUCCUAUCUUGUAUGUUUUUGUUUUUACACGUGUGACUUUUUGUUUCGUUGUUUAUGACCGUCACACUGGACAUUAGAUAUAAAGUUGCAGGAAACCCUCACAUUCUCAAAUCACUGGAUGAUAUUGUCUGGAACACUUCAACUCUAGUAAACCAUGGCAACCAUUGACAGACCUGGGGGAAUUGCGGGCGGGAAAGAAACAGGACAAACUACACUCUUGUACUGGCUUUUAAAGGGACCUUCUGGAGUGCAGUGUGUUCUGCUUCAUUGAGACCUGGCUGGGACCAAACACUCCGGACAGAGCUGUGCAACCCCAGAACAUCACCAGCCACCACUCACACAGCACCAUAGCAAAUACCCACAAGACUAAGGGAGGCAGCGUGUAUGUUGUCAUUUGCAAUGACCCGGUGCACCAAUGUGGAAGCAGUUUCCCAGUCCUGAUGGUCUGUGCUGGAGUACCUGACGAUCGAUUGCCGGCCGCUGUCCCUGCAGACAGAGUUUUCCUCACUGCUUCUCACUGUUAUUUACAUCCCAUCGGAGGCUCCGACUGCAGCUGCAUCAGACGAGCUGUACACCACCAUUUGCAAACAAGAAAACCAGAACCCAGAAGCGAUCUCUAUCAUCACCAGGGCCUUCAAUCACUGCAACCUGAAGAUGGUCCUCCUUAGAUACCACCAGCAUGUAACUUGCCCCACCAGAGGUGACCGGACUCUCGACCUGUGCUACAACAAAUUCAAAGGCAACUGCAAGUCCAGCAGUGAGGGAAGUUCAGUACUGGACAUUGGUCCAUUUUCAAGGAGUCCUACAUGAAUAUGGAUGAUUAUGCUGAUUCAGUGACAGACUUCAUCAUGUUCUGCAUGGACUUGUGUGUUCCUUUCUGGACUGUCUGCUCCCAUCCCAGUUAGAAGCCCUGGAUGGACACCACUGUCCUCCAAGCACUGAGGGACGGACCACGAUUUUCAAGUGGAGAUUGACUUUGGCGAAGCUUGAGAUUGACUUGGGCGAAGUUUGCGGACAACACCACCAUCACUGUCUUCAUCAGCAGCGAUGAAGAGGCUACCUACAGGAUGGAGGUAAAAGACCUGAUUGUAAGGUGCCCCGAGAAACAACCUCUGCCUUGAUGUCAACAAGGCAAAGGAGAUCAUCGUUGACUUUAGAAAGAUCAGAGGCCUUCACUCCCCAUUAUUCAUUCAUGGAAAUCCCAUUGAGGCAGUCAGCAGCUUCAGUUCCCCAAUUCCAAUUUCCUCUCAUAGUCUCUAAAUGCUAGCCGCUUUCUCUAGAAGGCUCAGCAGAGCCUGUUCUCCCAGAGAAGGCUAAAGAGCUUUCGGGUGGAAAUCAAAAGCUCGGUAAGUUAUACCGCUGCUGCACUGAGAGCAUCCUGACUGGAUGGUUCAUGGUGUGGUUGGGUAACCUAACUGCUCAGGACCUCACACUGCUGCAAAGCACUGUCCAGACUGCUUUGAAGAUCAUCAUCACAGAUCAUCCACAGCUCCAAACAAUCUACCUCUCCUGCUGUCAGAAGAGGGCCGAGCCCAUCGUCUGGGGCACCAGCCACCCAGAUUCACACCUUUCACACUCUUGCCCUCUGGAAAGUACUACCGGUGCGUCACCACCCUCACAACCCGAACCUCCAGCACCACCCGCACCUCCCAAACCUCCCACACUGCCAGCUCCAGAGCCAGUUUCUUUCUUCAAGCCAUCAGGUUGCUUAGUACAGCGUUUCCCAACCCAGUCCUCGGGGAAACCCGGACAGUCCACGUUGUUGCUCCCUCCCAGCCAAUUAGGAACACCGAAAACCUGGUACAGGUGUGCUGGGAGGUGAGCGGAAGCAAAAACAUGGACUGUCCGUGUUCCCCGAGGACUGGGUUGGGAAACACUGGCUUAGUUUAUUACGUGCACUUUAUCAACAUUAUAUACUGUUCUGUUGCCAUUUCUCACAUCCUCAUCCCCAUGCUACAUUACUUAUUCUUAUAUUGCACUUGUCUUGUAUUGAAAUACUGUUUGUUCUGCACCCCAUGCACCCGUCCCCUCCCCUGCAACUGUGCUACAAGAACUUUGCUGUGUUCCCUGAACACAUGUGACAAUAAAACUUGAAACUUGAAACAUA